AUGAACUUCUUUGAGGAAGGAAAGCGGUUGAAGGGGAUCUUUGACGACUUGGUGAAGCAGCACAAGAAGAGUAAGAGGAGAAUUGUUGACAACAAGAACGUGAGCAGGGAGAUGCUGGGUGCAUAUGAGGAGAACAGGAUGAAGUUGAUGCAUUUUUUCGAGAUGCAUUCGAGGUUUAUCAGGCCAAGGAAGAAUAGCGUUGGUAUAUUUUCUGUGGAUGACUUUGUCAAGGCCAAGACGAGGGAAUCGGCGAUGUUUUCUGAAGGGGGUGGGCUUGGUGCUGAGGGGAGGGCGGAGAUACUGGGACCCAGGGAAAGGCCUUGCCACUGGGGUGGAAUGAGUGAUGUAGGAUGCGGGGCAGUCUAUGGGGUAAAUUACAGGGAGUUUCCUGGGAUGCUGCACAUGCAGGGCCGGGUAUCCGGUGGCAGAUGGGGUAUUACGGAGCAUGGUAGGUUUAUGUGGAUGGGGCCUAGCUCUAUGGGGUAUCCUAGCAUGGGAAUGCAGAGGAGCGUUGGAUGGGACUGGAGGCCUGUGAACUUUCGCGGCCAGAGCAGGAAUGCCAACGGUUUUUUCGGAGCCUGGCCAUAUGGCAUGGAAGUGAAAAGCAAGGACUUUGGGGAAGGAUGCGGCAUGUAUGGGAUCCAUAUGAAUCAGGGAUUGAGAGCCAGAGGGCAAGAGAUGAUGGGGCUGGGCAUUAUGGCAGGUGGAGUGUAUGGUAUUCACGAUGGGCGUUCUAAGAGAAGACUGGUCGACAGGUAUGGAGUACCUGGGGAUGAAGUGCAGUUUAGGACGGGCGGAAAAAGGGUUCUGUCCCCGAAUAUAGGUUUCCUGCACGGAAUGGAGAGGUAUGAAGCAAGUGGAAUGCCUCCACCUGCAGAAUGGGCUGGGAGCAAUGGACUGCAUGUGUUGCCUGGAAGGCGAGAGGAGGUUCUUAGGCCUAUCUUUCGCUGUCCAAGCCCGGAAAGCUACAGGGGUGAGCCAAGCCACCUAGACUAUAGGAACGGCAUGGCUUUAAAUGCACAGGGACGAGGCCGGUUUCCAGGAACAUGCUCGAUAUACCCCGAGAAUCCUGGGAAGAGGUGGUGCUCCACGGGGUAUCCGCAAGGCCUCGUGCAUAAGGGCGGAAAGAUGAGCUGGGCACUGGUCGAUAGAGACAUGGAGAACACUCUGUGCUCGGCGCCUGACGGGGGAUCUGCUUCCGAGGGAAGAGAUAAGGGCCAUCUUUCCUGCCGAGACGACCUCUGGCGACUGGACAUAACGCCGAACCUAGAGGAGGAGCAGCAUGGUGGCGUAAGCGAAAAGGAAAAAGAGGAGAAUGAGAAGACAUCUCCUGCGGGUUCUCGCAGCAACGGCAGAGACGAGCCCAGCAAUGAGUUCUCUUGCGUUGGCUAUGAAGUGGAUCCUGAUACAAAAACCAUAGAAGAUCUGGUCGGAGACGGGAACAUCGAUAAGGAGGCAAAGACGUUUAUCUACGAGCUUUGUGACGGCUUUGUUGACCACAUCAUUCACAUGUCGUGUGCACUAGCCUACCACAGACAAAAGGAUACCGUGGAGGUGUGUGAUGUCAAGCUGGCAUUAAAAACGGAAGUUGGGAUUGAGUUACCGUCAGACGAUGUGGACCCAAAGGACACUCCUUCUGAAGAGUAG